UGUCCAACCAGAGCCGUCUCUCCUGAGCUCGGACCUACUGAAAUGGAAGACGGACAAAAUCCCACAUUGCAGGAACCUGUGAGGCGCCAGAAAAGGAACGAGCUGGAAGGAGGAAAAGGGCGCCCCCCGGCCGGGAUGGGAAGCAAGUCCCCGCGAGUCCAGGGCCGGACCCUUUUUUCGGAAAGCCUAACCUUCGCUGGUACAACUGUGCGAACCGGAGGGAUUUGGGCAUCUGUCUCCCUGCACCUCAGCACGCAGCGCUCCGCCUGUCUUGGGAUCAGGACAGCGUGGAGCCAGAAGCCUCCCUGUCAAGGCGCGUUCUGGAUGCCAACACCUGCGCGCGCCCCGGGACCCGCCGCGCCCGCGCCCCCGAGCGCCCGGCCACCUCCCGGGGCCGCGGAGCCGCGCGGCUGGGCGGAGACGGGCGAGUACGAGCUGGUGACGCCCUACGAGGUGGACGCCCGCGGCGGCUACGUGUCCCUGGACGUCGCCCGUCCACGGAGGGGAAAGAGGACGCCGGCCCCACCGGGCGGGGCCCCGCUGCACCUGUGGCUGAGAGGGUCCCGGCACGACUUCCACAUGGACCUGAGGGCGUCCAGUGGCCUGGUGGUCCCGGGGCUCCUCGUCCAGACGCUCAGGAAGGGCGGCGCGCGGUCGGUGCAGGCCCUCCCCCGUGAGGAGCUCUGCUUCUUCCAGGGCUCCCUGCGGUCCCACCAGAACUCCUCGGUGGCCCUGUCCACCUGCCGGGGCGUGUCAGGCAUGAUCCGGACGCAGGAAGCCGACUACUUCUUGAAGCCUCUUCCUCCUCACCUGGCAGGGAGCCACAGCACCUUGGCGGGGGGCGAGUCCCCCUCCCACGUCCUGUACAGGAGACCCCCCGGGCCCCGGGAGCCCCAGGGUGAGGUCCCCAGGACAGAGGACCAGCCGCGCCUCCCGUCCCACGAGCGUGGGCGCCCACAUGGGGCCGCCAGCCCCACGCACCCGCAAGGACAGCCCUUCUGUGGGAGGCCCCGGAAAGACAAGCCCCAGACCCCCGCCGAGGGCCAGCCCCGCUCCCGGCGCAGGCGAUCUCCGCUCAGGCCCCUGGGAGGGGCAGAGCUGAACGUGGAGACCCUGGUGGUGGUGGACAGGCAGAUGACGCGGGAGCACGGCCACGAGAACAUCACCACCUACGUGCUGACCGUCCUCAACAUGGUGUCCGCCUUGUUCAAGGACGGGACGAUCGGCGGGAACAUCAACAUUGCCGUCGUGGGUCUGAUCCUUCUGGAGGAAGAGCAGCCAGGGCUGGAGAUCAGCCACCACGCCGACCGCACGCUCACCAGCUUCUGCCGGUGGCAGUCUGCGCUGCAGGGGAGGGACGGGGUGCGCCACGACCACGCCAUCCUGCUGACCGGCCUGGACAUCUGCUCCUGGAAGAAUGCGCCGUGUGACACGCUGGGCUUCGCGCCCAUCAGCGGGAUGUGCAGCAGGCACCGCAGCUGCACGGUCAACGAGGACACGGGGCUUGGCCUGGCCUUCACCAUCGCCCACGAGUCAGGACACAACUUCGGCAUGGCCCACGAUGGGGAGGGGAACCCGUGCAAGACGUCCGGGGGCAGCAUCAUGGCCCCCGCGCUGGCUGGGCACAACGGGGUCUUCUCCUGGUCGCCCUGCAGCCGCCAGUACCUGCGCAAGUUCCUCAGCUCCGCCCAGGCGGUGUGCCUGGCCGACCCGCCGAAGCCGGUGCAGGCCUACAGGUACCCCGAGGAGCUGCCGGGACAGCUGUACGACGCCAACGCCCAGUGCAGGUGGCAGUUCGGAGAGGAAGCCAGGCUCUGCAUGCUGGACUUCAAAAAGGACAUCUGCAAGGCCCUGUGGUGCCACCGGGCCGGGAGAAAGUGCGAGACGAAGCUCAUGCCAGCAGCAGAGGGCACGCUGUGCGGGCACCUCAUGUGGUGCCGCGGGGGGCAGUGCGUGCAGUACGGAGACGAAGGGCCCCGGCCCACCCACGGCCACUGGGCCGACUGGUCGCCCUGGGCCCCCUGCUCCAGGACCUGCGGGGGAGGCGUGUCCCGCAGAGACCGCCUCUGCACGAACCCCAAACCCGCCCGCGGAGGGAAGUUCUGCGAGGGCCCCGCCCGCUCGCUGAGACUCUGCAACGGCCAGGCGUGUCCGGACGGCAGCGUGGACUUCCGGGCCUUGCAGUGUGCGGAGCACGACGGCCGGCGGUUCCGGGGCCGGCACUACAGGUGGAGGCCCUACACCCACGUGGAAGAUCAGGACUUAUGCAAACUCUACUGUAUCGCAGAAGGAUUUGAUUUCUUCUUUUCUUUGUCAAAUAAAGUCAAAGAUGGGACCCCAUGCUCGGAGGAUAGCCGUAAUGUUUGUGUAGAUGGGAUAUGUGAGAGAGUUGGAUGUGACCAUGUCCUGGGGUCCGACGCCGUGGAGGACUCCUGCGGCGUGUGCCGCGGGAACGGCUCGGGCUGCACCACGCACCGGGGCCUGUACAGCAAGCCCCACCGCAUGCACGAGUAUUACCAGGUGCUCGCCCUCCCCGCCGGGGCCCGCAGCAUCCGCAUCCGCGAGGUCAGCGCCUCGGCCUCCUACCUGGCGGUGCGCAGCGCGCGCGGGCACUACUACCUGAACGGGCGCUGGACGGUGGACUGGCCCGGCCGCUACGCGUUUGCGGGCACCGCCUUCCACUACCGCCGCCCCGCCGCGGGGCCCGAGAGCCUGGCCGCCGCCGGGCCCACCAACGAGUCGCUGACCGUGGAGCUGCUGUUUCAGGGAGGGAAGCCGGGCGUGGCCUGGGAAUACUCAGUGCUCAGCGCCCAGGAGGGGCCCAGCGCCCCGCCCAGCUACACGUGGGUCGUCGUGCGCUCCGAGUGCUCCGCGUCCUGUGGAGGAGGCCGGAUGACCACGAGAGCCGGCUGCUACAGAGACCGGAGGUUCCCCGUGGACGCCUCGUUCUGCAGCCCCAGCACCCGGCCCGUCACGGGGGUGGUGUCCUGCAGGGCCUCGGCCUGUCCUCCUAGCUGGUCCACCGGGAACUGGAGCGCCUGCAGCCGGACGUGCGGGGGCGGCUCCCAGCGCCGCCCCGUCCGGUGCACCCGGCGGGCACACUUCCGCGAGGAGCCGGUCCCGCCCAGCCUGUGUCCGCAGCCCGCACCCUCCAGCCAGCAGCCCUGCCGCUCAGAGAACUGCCCGCCCGCUUGGCGCGCCGGGCCCUGGGCAGAGUGCUCCCGGACCUGCGGGAAGGGAUGGAGGAAGAGGACCGUGGUCUGUGAGAGCAACGACCCCGAUGCCUGGGCGCGGCUGCUGCCCGAUGCCGGCUGUGCCACGCGGCCCAAGCCCAGGACGCAUGUAGCCUGCCUGCUGCGGCACUGCCACAGGCACAAGAAGCUGCAGUGGCUGGUGUCGGCCUGGUCCCAGUGCUCUGUUACCUGCGAACGGGGGACACAGAGAAGAUUCUUAAAAUGUGCUGAGAAGUCCGUUUCCGGGAGGUACCGGGAGCUGCCCUCCAACAAGUGCGCGCACCUGCCGCGGCCGCUCCUGGAGCUGGACCGGGCCUGCACGCAGCUGCCCUGCCCCCGGCUCCCAGUGCGCGCGGGCCCCCCGCGGGCCGCCUGGCUUGCCUCGCCCUGGUCUCAGUGCACAGCCAGCUGUGGAGGUGGAGUGCAGACCAGGUCCGUCCAGUGUCUGGUGGGCAGCCGGCCAGCCUCAGGCUGCGUCCUGACCCAGAAGCCCCCCACCUCUCUGGCCUGCAACACCCACUUCUGCCCCAUCACAGAGAGGAAAGAUGCCCUCUGCGAAGACCAUGUCCCCUGGUGCUCGCUGGUGCCCCAGCAUGGCAUGUGCGGCCACCAGUUCUACGGGGAGCAGUGCUGCCGCACGUGCUCCGCAUCCAUCUUGUGAGCGGAGGGAGCCCUGCCUCCCCGCGGAGGGAGCGCCUCUUUAGCACAAAAGGGCUGCGCGGUCUACAUCAGAACGCAUCCAAGCCAGAAACCCCUGGGCUCUCCGCCAAGGCCGUGUGUGUGUCAUGAGUCUGAGUGCACAAGGAACACGUGAGUGAUCUCACGUUAGGCUGGACCGUGAAGACAGCGGGCCGCUCUGCAGAACAGAAGCAGGGCUUGUCUGCACUGGCACGUCAGCUCAAUCAAGUCAGAGACACGGCGUGGCUGAGCUGGCUAAACCCUAAAUACAUGGUGCUUUGUGAAAACAGGGAAAGGCCAAGAAAUAUGGAAUCGGGACCAAACACUUGCCAUUAGGGACGCCGGCCCUGCCCCCUCUGAGAGGUCGACCAGGUAGCUGGGCCACACCUGGGCCCCGCCCCAGGGCCUGCUCUUCCUGCCCAGCCGCCAGCGGCCCUUCACGGAUCCUGGUGCCUGGACAAGGGGGCGGUCCUCACCCUCUGCCAGGAGAAGUGGACACUUCUGCUUGGAGACACCUCUGAGCACGGGGAAAUAAAAUCCCUGCUAAGGUGCUUAUGUAGCUUAUGUCUUCUCUCAGCUAUUCACAAGUGCGCGUCCUAUUUAAACCCCUUUCUCAGUGCUUUUCCUGUUAAAAGAAUCACAGCUGUGCCGGGGGCUGGUGGCCGGCCCACACCUUGCCCCCCGCCCCGCCCCCCACGAACACGCCGUGCCACCCAAGCGCUGCAGCCGCCAGGGAGCCUGCUUGCUUGCUGUGGGGGGUUUUAUUGGUACGAUUUGGCGGUUGUUGUGACCCCCUCAGAACUAGAGCAAACAUUUCCCCAAGGAGCUGCCCUGGCCCCUCCUUUUCAUACGUGGUGCUUCCGUAUCCUGCCGGCUGGUCCAUCUCAGUGGGCGCUGGGAUAUUUAUAUUCACUGAAGAUUUAUA